AUGGCGCUUCAAUGGAUGAUCCUGGCGUACGUCGUGGCGGCGGAGGCCGCCGUCGCAGUUAUACUGACACUGCCAUCCCCGAAAGCUGUAAAAUCUCGCAUCGCCUCGCUCGUCUCGCUUGUUCUCCAGCCGUCGCUGUUCAUCGUGCCAUUCUCCGCCUUCCAGCUUCUAGACAUUUAUUGGAAGAAUGAACAUAGGCUGAUGUGUAGUGGGGAGACCUGCACUGCUGCUGAGAGGGAUCGAUAUGAGAAAUCGAUCUACAAAGCUCAGAGGAAUAUGAUCUUAUGCGUUGGUGCUUGCCUUCUUUACUGGUGUAUUUACCGCAUAUGCAAGUAUCACAGGGAGAUUCAAAGCAUGGAGGAAACUGAGAAGAGGUGA